AUGACGCAGUCCGUGGUAGUACAGGGUAAGGGACUGCGUCGCGCGGAGCCUUCCCGCCGCCCCCGGCCCUGGCUGAGCUUUGUCUCUUUCGCAGUCGGCCAGUGCGGGAACCAAGUGGGCUGCCGCUUCUGGGACCUGGCGUUGCGGGAGCACGCGGCCGUCAACAAGUCAUCUCUGAUUUUUCUUUCAGUGUUACAGCGAGUUGAAGAGUUUCAUGAGAGGUACAAUGACACCAGAUCUCUGGUUUCUGAUGUGGUGGAGCAGCUCAGAGAACACAAUAUGAAGCUAUCAGACCUGGAGGAGGCAUUAGGCCAGGCACUUGACUAUGUUACACAAACAGAGGCAAUAAAUAAGGAAAACACAGCCAAUCUUCAAGAGAGUGAGAAACAGCAUGAGAAAUUAAAAGAGCAAGCAGAUGAAGUGAACAGUAUUGUGCUAAGUGCCACAGCUAUUCUGGCAGAACCACAAAAGAUCAGCUCAGAGUUAAGUGAGGUAAUAAAGAAUGUGUCAGGGUUCUACGCAGAAAUAGAUGGAGCUAAAAAGGAAUUGCAAGAAAAAAUAGCCAAUCUGUCUCUGUUUGAUGAUAAGCUGGAAGAAAAGGCUAUGCAGCAUGCACAUAACCUAAGAAGACUUGCUGAUGAGUUGGACCGGAAUUUACAUGGUAUUGAUACAAAUGGAUUGGUACAAAGGGCAAUAAAUGCUUCAAAUGUAUAUGAAAAUAUUGCUGGUUAUAUUGAAGAAGCUAAUAAAGCUGCUUUGCUAGCACUGAACACAACAAACCGGGUCAAUGAUGCUGCAGUUGGAAUUGAUACUCAGAUCAUUUACCAUAGAGGUAAAAGUGAAGAACUUCUCAGCCGAGCCAUGGAGCUACAACAGACAGCAGCUUACAGUAAUGAUUUAACCAUUGCAGACACCAGCCGUCAUGUCAAUGGCACUGCGGCACGAAUGCAUGCUGUGCAAAGCAGACUGAUGAGAGCCAUCACAAAAAUGCAAUCAGCAGAACUAGGUUUGGAGGCCAGACAGCGCUUGGAGCAAGCUAAACAGAAGACUGCAGAGGCUGUUAGCACUACAGUAACAAUAACACAGGCUACAACUCCCAUGGAUGAGAAUGUGAGGUUGUGGUCUCAGAACCUGCAAGACUUCCAGCACGACUCAGCUGCCUACGACAGCGCUGUGCACUCAGCUGGGGAUGCAGUGAAGAAACUUACGGAAGUCUUUCCUCAACUCCUGGAUAAACUGCGCAAAGUAGAACAGAAGGCACCAGCAAACAAUAUUUCUUCCAGCAUUCAGCGGAUCAGAGACUUGAUUGCCCAAACCAGGAGUGUGGCAAGCAAGGUCCAGGUUUCUAUGAUGUUUGGAGGUGAAUCAGCUGUUGAAGUCAAUCCAAAGAUCAACGUGGAGGAACUGAAGUCUUUCACUUCCAUGAGCUUGUAUAUAAAGCUUCAAAAAGACAACCCACAAUUGGCAGCAUCUCCAGACAGAUUCAUUUUGUACCUUGGAAACAAAAAUGUUAAAAAUUACAUGGGACUGGCAAUUAAAAAUGACAACCUUGUCUACAUUUAUAAUCUGGGAGACCAAGACGUGGAAAUACCUCUGGACUCCAAGCCAGUCAGCACCUGGCCUUCUUACUUCAGCAUCAUCAAAAUUGAGAGGAUUGGAAGACAUGGCAAAAUGUUUUUAACUAUACCAAGUCUUAGCAGCACAUCAGAAGAAAAAUUCAUCAAAACAGGAGAGACUCUUGGUCCUAGCUCUCUCCUGAAUUUGGAACCUGAAAAUACUGUUUUCUACGUUGGUGGAGCACCUCCAGACUUCAAGCUCCCUCCCAGCUUAGACUUGCCUGGCUUCAUCGGCUGCCUGGAGCUGGCUACCCUGAACGACGAUGUGAUCAGCCUGUACAACUUCAAGCACGCCUACAACAUCGACACCACCACAUCGCCACCUUGUGCCAGAAAUAAGUUGGCUUUCACUCAGAGUCGAGCUGUGAGUUAUUUCUUUGAUGGUUCUGGCUAUGCUGUGGCAAGAAAUAUUGAGAGGAGGGGAAGAUUCAGCCAGGUGACACGGUUUGACAUUGAAGUUCGAACACCUACAGACAAUGGAUUGAUCCUGCUGAUGGUUAAUGGAAGUAUGUUCUUCAGUCUAGAGAUGCACAAUGGAUUCCUGUACCUCCGCUAUGACUUUGGCUUCAGCACCGGCCCGGUGCUGCUAGAGGACUCCAUGAAGAAGGCUCAGAUUAAUGAUGCUAAAUUUCAUGAGAUUUCUAUUAUAUAUCAUAAUUCUAAGAAGAUGAUCUUGGUAGUAGACAGACGACAUAUAAAAAGUGUUGACAAUGAAAGAACAGCAAUGCCAUUCACAGACAUCUACAUUGGAGGAGCACCUGCUGAGAUCUUACAGUCCAGCAUUAGUUCACAUCUGGCAGGAAUUAUUGGCUUUAAAGGCUGCAUGAAGGGUUUUCAGUUCCAAAAGAAGGAUUUCAACUUGUUGGAAGAACCAGGAACCCUGGGAAUCAGCUACGGGUGCCCUGAGGAUUCACUGAUAUCUCGCAAAGCAUAUUUCAAUGGAGAGAGCUUCAUUGCAUCAAGCCAAAAAGUGUCCCUCUUAAGUGAAUUUGAAGGAGGCUUUAAUUUCCGGACAUUGCAGCCCAAUGGGCUGCUGUUCUACUAUUCUGAAGGAUCAGAUGUAUUAUCCAUCUCUAUGGACAGAGGUGCUGUUGUUUUAAAUGCAAGUGGAAUCAAAAUUCAAUCACCAGACAAAAAUUACAACGAUGGAAAAACUCACUUUAUCAUUACUUCUGUCACACCAGAAAGAUAUGAGCUGAGUGUUGAUGACAAGAAACAAAGCAAGAAGAAUCCAGUGAAGGACAGAGCAGGGAAAAGCCCUGACAGCAUCAAGAAGUUCUAUUUUGGUGGCUCUCCCCUCAAAACGCAGCAAGCCAACUUCACUGGGUGUAUAAGCAAUGCAUACUUCACUAGAUUGGAUCGGGAGGUUGAAGUGGAAGAUUUCCAGCGGUACUCGGAGAAAGUUCAUACUUCCUUUUAUGGAUGCCCUGUUGAAUCCCCACCAGUUGCUCUGCUUCAUAAGAAAGGAAGAAACUCAUCAAAAGCCAAAGGAAACCGUAAUAAAAAGGUGGGAAGAGAUAAGGACAAGGUCUCACAGCCUUCAACUGGCCUCAAAAAACUGUAUCAAGAAGUGAAUAUGCAAAAAGACCCUCAAUGCCAGUUGCCUAUGAAUCCCAAGGCAACUGAACAUGCAUACCAGUUUGGAGGUACAGCGAACAGUCGGCAAGAAUUUGAUCACAUACCAAAGGAUUUCAGUGAAAGAGCUCAGUUCUCUAUCAGUCUGAAGACUCACUCGUCUCAUGGAAUGAUUUUCUAUGUCUCAGACCAAAAGGAGACCAACUUCAUGACCCUUUUUGUUGCUCACGGACGACUCAUUUUUAUGUUUAAUGCUGGUCAUCAGAAGAUAAGGAUUAAGAGCCAAGAGAAAUACAAUGAUGGCCUUUGGCACAAUGUGAUAUUUAUUAGAGGCAAAAAUAUUGGUCGCUUGAUAAUUGAUGGUCUCCGAGUACUAGAAGAAGCUUUCAAUGGCAAUGCUAAUACCUGGCAAGUCACUGAACCACUGUAUAUUGGGGGUGUAGCUCCAGGAAAAGCUGUGAAAAAUAUCCAGAUUAAUUCAGUCUACAGUUUUAAUGGCUGUCUCAGCAAUUUACAGCUCAAUGGAAGAUCAAUUACUUCAGCUUCACAAACGUUUAGUGUAACACCUUGCUUUGAAGGCCCAUCAGAAGCAGGAACGUACUUUUCAUCAGAAGGAGGAUACGUCGUCCUUGAUGAAUCCUUCAGUCUAGGUCUGAAAUUUGAAGUUGUUUUUGAAAUACGUCCCCGAAGUAGCUCAGGAAUUUUACUGCAUGGCCACAGUGUGAAUGGAGAGUACCUGAAUAUGCACAUGAGAAAUGGACAGGUUACUGUGAAACUGAAUAAUGGAAUCAGGGAUUUUUCAACUUCAGUGACACUGAAACAGAGUCUCUGCGAUGGCAGGUGGCACCGAAUUGCAGUUAUUAGAGAUGCUAACGUGGUGCAGCUGGAUGUAGACUCAGAAGUCAACCACGUAGUAGGGCCACUAAACCCAAAGGCAACUGACCACAGGGAGCCAGUGUUUAUUGGAGGUGUACCAGAGUCUCUGCUAACAUCCAGCCUGACUACACGCAACUCUUUCAUUGGCUGCAUUCGUAAUUUCAUGAUUGAUGAAAAAACAGUGAGUUUUAGUAAAGCAGCCUUGGUCAGUGGUGCUGUAAGCAUCAAUACAUGUCCUGCAGCCUGAUCACACUGCAUCAAUCCUGUGAAGUGUCUUAGACCACAAGAAGGAAUUAUAGAGCAAAAGAAACCAUGUUCUAUUCAUCACCAAUGCUGAGAAAAAAAUGAAAACAGCAAGGAUCAAUUUACAAAAAUCACUUCUAAUAUUUCUAUGCAAAACAAAAAUCACUGAUGAAUAAAGAGCUCUUGCUUCUGCAGUUCUCUUAUUAUGCCACAAGAGUGAGCUUUACCAUUUCCUAUAGUAUAUGUGCGGCCAAUCUGCUACAUGAAAAUGUGGAACUAUAAAAGAAAUAAAAAUUAUACUAAAUAUGUUUCUUCCAAAAUAAAUCCUGUACAUCAUUUUGUUCCGUAUCUUGGGUCCCAACUUGUUUCCCAGGAAAAGAUCUGCUACUGCAUAUUAAAGAAUAAAGCCAAUUAAUAGACUUA